AUGCUCAACAAGCGGCCGAGGAGCAUGGUGAUGCGCCGGAAGGUCAGCUUGGCGUCCAUGCCGUCGGUGCAGAGGCGGGUGCGCCAGGUGAGCGGCGACAACAAGCAGGCACGCACGAGGCCGAUCUUUUUUGUGUCGCCUUGCGCCGAGGAGAUGGGUGCCGGAGGCGGCGGCCACCACUCUCUGAAGAGGGACGCAUUUACCGGGCUGUGGAUGACGGCGGCGUUCCUGGCGGCCUGCGGCAUCUGCGCCAAACCCCUCGCUGGCAAGGAUGCUUAUAUCUACAGGAGUGAGUUUGCAUUCUGCACCAUGGAGUGCAGGGAGAAGUACAUUGAGAAAGACAUAAAGAUGGAAAAUAAGCGCCGCCUCAUAUCCAUCAGGAAGGCCCCGUCAGACCAGUCCGGCAGCGGCGGGGGCUCGUGCAGCGGGCCAGGCAAACCCAUUUAG